AUGGAUGCAUUCAGAGCAGCUGAGAACGAGUCGCUGUUGUCCAGUUCCUCUGGUCCUGCCAGAUGGGAUCCCUUCCGUCGUCCCUCGGACUCCAUCCAGCCCUGGCACUUCAGGCUUCUGGCAGCAGUGAUGUUGGUGGUGACGUCCCUGUCGCUUGCUGAGAACCUGGCUGUAAUCCUGGUAACUCUGAAGUUCAAGCAACUGAGACAACCUGUCAAUUGUGUUAUAGUCAAUUUGUCUGUGGCUGAUUUCCUGGUCUCACUGACUGGUGGCACCAUCAGCUUUUUAACCAAUCUAAAGGGGUAUUUUUAUAUGGGAUACUGGGCUUGUGUACUGGAAGGAUUUGCUGUCACAUUUUUUGGCAUUGUUGCUCUCUGGUCUCUUGCUCUGUUGUCUUUUGAGCGGUACAUUGUGAUCUGCCGCCCGUUGGGAAAUAUGCGCUUGAGGGGGAAACAUGCAGCCCUAGGUAUUGCCUUUGUGUGGAUCUUUUCCUUCAUUUGGACCAUUCCACCAACAAUGGGUUGGAGCAGUUACACCACCAGUAAGAUUGGAACUACUUGUGAGCCUAACUGGUACUCAGGAGCUUAUACUGACCACACGUACAUUAUUGCAUUCUUCACCACCUGUUUUCUAGUGCCUUUAUCAGUGAUCUUGGUAUCCUACGGAAAACUGCUGCGGAAGCUAAGAAAGGUGUCAGAUUCACAAGGCAGGCUGGGAACUACUAGGAAACCUGAAAGACAAGUGACUAGAAUGGUUGUUGUUAUGAUCAUUGCCUUUCUAAUCUGCUGGACGCCGUACGCCGCCUUUUCUAUCCUAGUCACUGCGUACCCCUCCAUUGAGCUGGAUCCUCGUCUGGCAGCAAUUCCAGCUUUCUUUUCCAAAACAGCUACAGUUUAUAAUCCAAUUAUUUAUGUCUUUAUGAACAAACAGUUCAGGAAGUGUCUGAUUCAGAUGUUCAGCUGCAGCGCCAUAGAAACCGCAGAGUCCAACUUGAACCCGACUUCAGAGCGAGCAGUGCUAACCCAGGACAAAAGAGGCAGUGAGAUGUCCACCAUGGCAGUACGUAGCACCGUUUCUAAGAGGAAAACCGGAGAUGAACACAGAAAUUGCCAAUCUUUUGCUCAGUUGGCAGCUUCAGAAAACAAAAUCUGUCCCAUGUAAGGUGGGAGAUAUGGUCAUUAAUGCAGUGCUACAGCAUAUUUCCUUGUUACCAUCACUUAAUGUGAAAAAUGUGGUCAGUGGGGACAUUAUGCUCCUGGGGACACUGGCUUUUGAGAUUCCAGGCUCCUGAGUGCAUGUAAGAGUUUCCUGGCUCUGCAGCUGCGGCAAAACACCCAGACAUGAGGUGAGUCCCUUCCUCCACAGCGUUCCUCUUCCCAGCCCACAGCCUGCUUGCUCCUGAAAAUAACCUCAGGGGAGCCCCGUGUCGCUGUGCUGGCAUGUAACACAGUAAGGAUAAGAGAGUUUUACGCUAAUGACGGCUCCUUGGUCAGCUGGACAAAAACAUGAAGUGGCACAUGGGUUCAAUAUGCUAAAGGACAAACAAAUUAUAUGUAGCACACAGCUGACAAUUUCAACCAAUGGAGGUUCAGGGACGAACAGGUCCGAGAGUUUUUUUGGAUUGGGUUUUUUUACUAAAAAAGGCAGAGAAAGCCAGAGGCUUCUGCACUUCUGCCUUGAAGAGAACCUCAUCUUGGCCACUAACAUCUCCAGCAGCUCGGACGGGCCAUCCAGACUCCCAAGCACUAUUUUAUGAAAACAAGCCCUAUCAAGAGCUGUUCAUGUCUUCUCUCUGCAUUGCCUCUUUCUCAAGAAAAUCUUCUGUGUUCGUGGCAACUUUUGAAGUGAAUUAAUUUGGACUAGAUGGUCGUUGUAGGUCCCUUCCAACUGAACUAUUCUAUUAACUUUAGAAGAGGAGUUAGUAGGGUAUAGGAAAGUACAGCUGUGCAGGAAUGCUGGAGAAAGGGCCAGUAGCACAGCUUAGGGUUGUGAAGCUGAGCUUUGUGGAACAGAUAUUUUUUUCCCCACAUGUGCCUGCACUGUGCGGAGCUAAGAUCUAUCAUGGCCUUUAGACCGUGCAGCUCCACGUGACAACUAUUAUUUCUGUUUCUUAACAAUUACAAUUUUCAGAAAUCAGUGGUUAAAGAACACAAAUAUUAUGUAUGUUCUGGGCCACGUUACGUUGGAGCAUGUUGGAUGUCUGUAUUUCCAUUUGCACAUUUUUCGCUUCCUCGCUAGGGCACGCCUCUCCAGAAAGCACAACCAACAUCCUAGCCCAGUACGCAACCGGCAGCAGCCAGCGGCACCACACUGCUGUUCUCCUCUGAGGAGCGGUUGUGUCUCUGUCCCUUCAGUCCUUAAAGUCCUGUUUCUGCGUAAGUCACAUCCUCACUACUUUUAAUUGAUCUACUGAUCCUGGGGUAAAUCAUUAACUUGUUGUUACAACUUUGAUAGAAGCAAGGAGUGCAACAUAAAUACGCUUUCUGUAAACAGUGGAAAAGAACAGAAAUCGCCAGCUUUCUGUGGCUAUAUUCCCUCUCAUAUACUUAAUUCACACAAUGAUACGCAGCAAAAUACUUAGCUUUAGCGGAACGUCACUUCCGCACGUGCAAAACCAAACUAGGCCACGAGUGUAAUGAAGACAGACUUCUGAUUUAAACAGCCUUUGGCGAACAUCGUAUGAAAUGUUGCUAAGGCCUGGUGUAUCAGGUUUUGAAUUCUGUAUCAGAUCUAUACUUAACUGAAGCCGUUUUAGAAAAGGCAACAGCUGACUAUAUUUAAAUGCUUUAGUAUGGAAAGCCAUUAUUUCUAGAUCAGACAGUAACGCGGUGCCACUCAAGACAAAUGUUGCUCCACAGCGGUAUAGAGAAGCUACGCACUGUACAGGCCUCAGCAACAGAAAUGGGCUAUGGAGUGAAUCAUCCAGUGUUCCGUUUUACUUCAAAAAAAUUACUAUUU